AUGGACGCCAAAGUAGUAGUAGAGCAGCCACGGCAGAAGGAUAGGAUGGAGAAGAAGAGGAAUAAUCUUAUUCCUUCGUCGUCGAUUUCAUCACUUCCAAAGCUCUAUCAGUCUCGCUCCUGGAUUGGAAACACAGAGCCUUACCUCUACAUAUGCCAACGCUUACCUCCUUAUGAGCGCUGGUUCCUUGUUAAUCAAACCAUAGUUACCAACGGCCGUAUUAAGGAUGAUGGGUUGAGCUUAUCACCCAUAGCACCUUCUCCCUCUGCUCCAUCCAAGCCGUCCACUGUAGCCGUAGGUUUCGAAAUCUACCAAAUUGGCGGAACCAUCAACGACGACAAGCGGCCAUCCUCGGCCGUUCAUGUGUUUGAUUGUCGGACUCACACGUGGCGGGAUGCUCCUAACAUGUUGGUAGCAAGGAAACGCGCCAAGUCUGCUUUUAUAGACGGCAAGAUUUUUGUUAUUGGAGGAACAAAGGACUCAAAAUCCUCCUCGAUGAACUGGGCUGAGGUUUACGAUUUAAAGACUCAGACUUGGAAGCCACUGCUUAGCCCUUGUGAUGACGCUAAAGUUCAGCUUCGUAGAGGACAACUUUACGUUAAUAGUAAGCUUAAAACGUAUGAAUAUGAUUCAAAACAAGGAUUCUCCAAAGAGCGUAGUGACUGGUUCGUGGUUAAGGGUUUAGAAAAUUUUCAUAUCAAGUGUGGUAUUUACUGUCCUAGGUUAGCUAACUAUUGUGGGAAACUCGUAAUUCUACGGGAGUUUCUCAUUCCAGCCUCUGCAAGGAAGAGGAAGAGUAUUUGGUGUGACGUGAUUAGGUUGGAGAAGCGCCUCGGCUUUUCUGGAUUAGAGAUUUGGGGUUUACUUGAACAGUCGAAUGAUGUGCUUACACUCCACAUAUCAUAUAAGUUCUUGAGCUGUAUCACCCUUUGA